AUGUCAUUAAAAACGACACCAGGGAAUGUGUCAAGCGACUUUUACUGUCUAUUGUUGACGACACGCUACCCUAGUCUCAAAGACAUGGUAACACGUCCUGGUUGCGCUUGUAGUUCGUAUCAGUGUGAUGUUGGUCUUAAAUAUAAAUUGGAGUUUGAUGACAUAAAAGAUGGUAUAAAAGUAAGUGACAUAAAAGAAGUUGAGCUUCUUUUAAUAGUCGAAUAACGAUGAAGAUACCGCAUGCUUAAUACUUCAGAACGGAUCAUGUUACGACAGCGACAAGAAAGAGGUGGUGUAUACAAGAAGUGCGUUGUGUAUUGCCAAGUUCGAAGUAAACCCUGACGAUCCACCUGACAAACUCAUUACUAUAGAUGACAUUUAUGCAAAGUCCAAACUUGAUAUUCAAUACAAGACCGACAAGUAUUGUCUUGAAUUAGCUGAUAUAAAGUGUUACAAGGUCAGGACAAAGUAAGUCUUUCUUUAAUCUUUAAAUAUAAAAAAUGUCGUGUUACAGUAUACGCUAACCUGGCGAGAGGUUGAGGUUAGUGCUGAAACGGUCGAGUGCGGAGGAAGAAGGGGGAAGUUUUAGGACCAAUUUAGCUUCCAACAUUUUAGCUUGUCUUGUGUUAUGUUUGUUUUGUUAUUUUAAAGUUUUAAAUUAUUUAGAGGUCAAUUGCAAUGUAAAUGUUGUUGUGUGACAACAGCUGAUAAUCCGUGCAAUGAUUACAGUCAAAAUCCAGAAUUUAAGGAUACGCUUUUAUCUUGUGCCAAUGGCUUCAAAGAACCAGAUUUGCAAGAUCAGUUGGUUUUGCCUUAUGUAAGUUAUAGUAUAUAGACUGAAGACUAGCAAUGAUAUUUUAAUUUAUACCUAAACGACUUUAUCUCAUUUUAGCUCUUCUCUCCCACUCCAACAGCAUAUCCAAGUAGUUUCGUCAAUAACUCCAAAGUAUUUUACGACCUUUACACAGCUUAUGACACAGUGAUGGAGUACGUCACUAUAAGAAUCAAAGAUCGUGUAGUUUUGACCAGAGGAGUACUGUAUUUCAUAAAUUCAAGUGUCAGUUCUAUACAAGUAAACACAAAGUUUGCCUAUCUUUGUGAUUACAACAGAAACUACAUUAGCUUUGGGUCAGGAAACUGUAAAUGUGCAUUAGAUGUGACAUACAAGGCUGGCAAUAGACAUUUGGAUUGUUGUUGUAGACCAAGUAAGUGGUGUACAAGUUAUAACACAUCCUGCUUGUAAAUUUUUUAAUACUGUAGAAUCCGUUUGUACAAAAAAGAUACUCUUACUUCCUUACUGAGUGUAAUCGGCCAAAUUACUAUAGUAAAAAUAAAUUAUUUUCAGAUUCUGUGGACGUUCUUCUCAAGUCUGUGAACAGCCUUUAUCGCAAUCAUCUGAUAAGAGACUUCCAAGCAGAACUACAACCAGAUGGUCUACAUUACCGAGAAUCGACCGACUUGUUCCAAUAUCUUUUGCAAAUUCAAAAUAGCAUUACCAAGUUAAUCUGA